GUGAACUGCAAUCCGAGCCCAAGCCCGCUUGAGCUGCUGUACCGCUCUUGUUUACAGAAGCUACCUGCCCACGACACAAGCUGUCGCUUCCUCUGCAGAAUUGGUCUGAUGGAGCAAAGGCACUCGGCGCAGCUCGGUGCGACAAGGCAUCAAUGCGACCGGUGUGCAUACAGCACGGAUCGUCCUGCAAAUUUGACACGGCACCAGAGAACUCACACAGGAGAGAAACCCUUCAAGUGCAGUGUGUGUGGGAAGGCGUUUGCACAGUCAUCUACUCUUGUAACACACCAGAGAACACACACGGGAAAGAAACCCUUCAAGUGCAGUGUGUGUGGGAAGACGUUUGCAAAGUCAUCUACUCUUGUAACACACCAGAGAACACACACGGGAGAGAAACCCUUCAAGUGCAGUGUGUGUGGGAAGGCGUUUGCACAGUCAUCUACUCUUGUAGCACACCAGAGAACACACACGGGAAAGAAACCCUUCAAGUGCAGUGUGUGUGGGAAGACGUUUGCAAAGUCAUCUACUCUUGUAGCACACCAGAGAACACACACGGGAGAGAAAUCCUUCAAGUGCAGUGUGUGUGGGAAGGCGUUUUCACUUUCAUCUACUCUUGUAAAACACCAGAGAACACACACGGGAGAGAAACCCUUCAAGUGCAGUGUGUGUGGGAAGGCGUUUACACUUUCAUCUACUCUUGUAGCACACCAGAGAACACACACGGGAAAGAAACCCUUCAAGUGCAGUGUGUGUGGGAAGACGUUUGCAAAGUCAUCUACUCUUGUAGCACACCAGAGAACACACACGGGAGAGAAACCCUACAAGUGCAGUGUGUGUGGGAAGGCGUUUGCACUUUCAUCUACUCUUGUAAAACACCAGAGAACACACACGGGAGAGAAACCCUUCAAGUGCAGUGUGUGUGGGAAGACGUUUGCAAAGUCAUCUACUCUUGUAACACACCAGAGAACACACACGGGAGAGAAACCCUUCAAGUGCAGUGUGUGUGGGAAGGCGUUUUCAGAUUCAUCUACUCUUGUAAAACACAAGAGAACACACACGGGAGAGAAACCCUUCAAGUGCAGUGUGUGUGGGAAGGCGUUUUCAAAUUCAUCUACUCUUGUAAAACACAAGAGAACUCACACGGGAGUGAACCCCGUCAAGUGCAGUGUGUGUGGGAAGGCGUUUGCACAGUCAUCUGCUCUUGUAGAACGCCAGAGAACACACACGGGAGAGAAACCCUUCAAGUGCAGUGUGUGUGGGAUAGCGUUUGCACAGUCAGCACAUCUUCAUGUACACCAGAGAACACACAAGCAUCAGAAGAUCCACCAGGAGUGGAGUCUGAAAUCAGCUUGUGAAAGUCAAAGUUCUGCAAUGAGCCCAUCCCUCAUCAAACAAGAACCGGACGACAAUCCCAGCUUGGACACUUUGAAAGGUAUCGAGGUGAAAUGUGAAGAGGUGAAGGUGAAAUGUGAAGAAGUGAUGGUGAAGAGCAAAGAAGUGAAGGUAAAAUGUGAAGAUGAAGAUUCAACUCCAAAAUGUGACCUUCACAUCGAUGGAGGCAACGUGAAGCAGGAGGAGAAUUCUGACUGUGAGGCAGAGCGAGGCAACUCCCAGCAGUUUGUGGAAGUGGAGGUGUGGGUGGCCUCCGAGACAAUACAAAGUCAAAUGGAGACCCGGUAGAUGUGUAAGCCAGAGACGAUGUCGCUCCAAUAGAUGCACCUUUGUCACAGGCCUUUAAUGACAAGAAUGUGAAGUUGAACACUCAGUUCCUAGGUUCAACCUGCAGGGUAAGGGUGGCCAGUCUUUGUGGACCUGUGUGUUGGGUUGAUCUCUGACCAGCAGAGAGCCAAUAAGCUCCCAAGCAUUCACGAUGUUAUAAUUGCUUUUACAUGGUGCUUAAUCCGCUCAGCAACUCUGAGUUUUGUAUCGUACCUCGUCUCAAACAUUCUAAGAGCACCCCAAGUGGCAGCUGCCCCUGUGUGGCACACGGUGGUGGCCCUGCACCGGCCUGCGUGUGGACAAGAGCCUGUCAGUAGGGGGCGAUGGUUGAUGUGUAAUCUCAGUUGUGGAGUUUGUCGGUAAUGUUUAGAAUUUGCUACAUUUUUGACCCAGUCGCCAACUUGCAAAGGCCUACUCGUUUUGAAUUGUACAAUUGUGUGUUUCACAUCCACUGUUCAGUAGAGGGUGCAUUCUUUAAAUAGCUCCUUGUUAAUAAGAUGUUAUCUAAACUAAAUUAUUCAAUUUUGGAAGAACGUAAUCAACCAGGUAGGGUGUUGACUUGUGUUGGCUGACUCUUGUGUUGUGUUGCAUUAUAUUUCUAAGUUCACUGUUUGUUUUCUAAUUCACUUGUUGUACCUGACGAUGGUUGCUUGUGUUCCAAUCGAAACGUCGUAUUCUAUA